AUGCUCAACAAGGCAGAUGGCACCCAGUGCGAGGAUGAGGCUGACGUGAGUCGCCGUUGGAGGGAACAUUUCGGUUCCCUUGAAGGGGGACGUGAUUCCAGCUUCCAAGCCCUCGUCGAUGAGACUCAGGAAAUGGGCCAUCCUGACCGAAGCUCUCACUGGCCGCAUCCUGCGGAUACCGCGGGGGUCCCAUCCCUAGCGACGUUGCAGCAGGUUUUGGCCGCAACGAAAACCGGUAAGGCUCCCGGUUUGGACUCCAUACCUGCGGAACUCUGCCGCCACUUCGCGGUGGAUCUGGCCCGCGUCCUGUAUCCGGUCUUGAUGAAACAGAUGUGGCGUGGAUGCGAAGCCGUAGGUGUUACAAGUUUUGUUCUGUUCGCCGAUAUUGCCUCCGCUUUCUACUGCACUGUUACGCAGUUGGUGGCGAACACGGAGGGCGAUAUCGACAGCAACCUCCUCCAGCGUAUCACAGCGGAGCUACACAUUGCACCAGAAGAUGUGGCAACCCUACAGCACCGCCUCAGCCAGCCCUCGGCUAUGAAACUUGCGGGUGCCGACCCUUGGCUUGAAGCCAUUACAGGUGCCCUUUCUACGAGCAACUGGUUCGUGAUGCGCGGAGAUACUACUCCUAUAGCUACGGCGCGAGGCUCGAGGCCAGGUUCCUCUUUUGCGGAUAUUGUCUUCGCCCUCCUCCUCCCGAAGGUGCUGCAAGCCCGGGACACGCUCCGUGCUACGUCGGCGCCGGCUGCAGAAGCCCCACGUGUUCCUUGGGAUGGUGUGCGUUCGUUGAAGCCCUGUGAGUCGGGGGCUGCCGACAUCACCGUCGAGGAAAUCGUGUGGGCAGACGACAUCGCUGUCCCGCGAUGGACCAUCCGCAAUAAUGCAACCCGCGCUGCUAUUGCUGUCGAAGCAGGGUCAUUGGCUGAUGCCUGUGCCGAGCAUGGCCUUAGGCUCUCAUACGGGGCCGCAAAGACCGCAGCCCUGGCGUCCAUAUGUGGGCCCGGUUCCCGAGCGAUCCGGAAGGCUCUUUUUGGAGGCACUGGGCUCAAAGGCACCAUGGCGGUCGUGCGCGAGCACGCGGCACCCGCAACCCUGCCUCUCGUGGGUCACUACAAGCACUUGGGGGCGGUCCAGGCCCCAGGAGGGUCCAUACGCUUGGAGCUGCGCCAUAGGAUUGCGUCUGCCAAAGCAGCUUAUCAUGAAGCCAGGCGUAAAAUAUUCAAAAACCGUGGCAUUCAAAUACGACGCAAGGCGAUUGUACUUGAGGCCACGGUGCUCAGCCGCCUCACUUUGGGUGCUGGAUCUUGGCCCAGCCUUUGCAAAGCGGACCAAGCGGCCUUUGAUGCUGCCGUUUGGCAUUUCUACCGGGGGAUCAUCUGCUCCAGUAUCUACGACAGCUUGUUGCAGCGGGGACCCGGACACCUCAUGGGAAAGCUGGCAAGCACUCAUGUUACACAGGCACCACCCGAACCGGUGGAAGGGCAGUGGACUGAUGAGCCUGCUGGUGUUGCUGACGUGCAGCACUGCCCAACGCUCCUUGCCAAUCUCGAGGAGCUCUAUGACGAGCCUGAGGAACGCGUUUGGGAAACCAUUGCCGACCACAUCGAGCCCCUCGAUACGCUUCGGCACACAGUCCGCACUUGGAGAGACCGUCAUCAGCAGUGUGCCUGGCAUCAGGAG